AUGAUAGCGGGUUUGAGGUUUUCUGUAAUUCGUCUGGUCUGCAAAAAUAUGAUGGCAACUCGAGGAGGAAGUAGGCGUCGUUUCUCCUCGCUGAAGCGGAUUGUGUUGCUGGUCUUCGCCUUCUCAGCCGCGACCUCAGCUGCCGAAGUCUCAUUGGAAGAAAAGGAUCAGCACACAGAUGUUGCUGAGCCCCGCCCGGGUGGAGUCUACCGCGGUCUUGAGCGUCUGUCCGCUCGCACGAACAGGCCUCUAGGCUCUUCUCUAGGGCACCGUGGAAGAAUUCCUGAGACACUGAGGCCGAAACCAGAGACACUGAGUCCCGGACCUCUACAACCCCUGCAAGAACCUGCAAUUCAAUUCUAUUCCUCUAUCACUACCCCACAACACACUUUCUCGAGGGAACCUCCUCCCAAAGAGUCCGAGCAGCUUAAAGAUAGGAUUAACAAGCAGAUCCAGGCUCGACUCGGGGCACAGAAUUACCAGGGCCCUCAGCAACAAGAACAACCCUCAGCGAGGACACCAAGACCAGUUCCAGACGCAUCUUUGUGGACAGCAGCGACUCAAGCUCCGAGAAGAAACGGUCCUGUUAAUAGACAGGGUGAAAAUAUGGCAUUCAGUAUUCAGAGUCUCGUUAAUCCUUCCACUCGUGCCCAAACGCAGGAACCACAGAUUGAUAUCAUUGGAGGUGUCGGCAAUCCCGCACUCAUGGGCGUUCCUAUUAAUUUGGGAAACUCUAACAGCUACCUCGUCCCUUCUGAUAACAGGGAAACAACUCCACAGCCACUUUUUGGUGGCGUUGGAGACGGUCUUCGACAAUCGUCACCCCUAGUGUUCAGUGGAUCGUUUGGUAACAACAACAAGCAAUUUGUGUCUCUCAGGAACCAGUCUCCAGUCCAGACUGCUUCACCAUUAAACAUUCAGAGUCUAAGUACCCCAUCUCUUAAUGGUUUUGGAAGCCUAAGUAAUCCAAGUCUUGCUCAGCCUGGCCAUCUAUCUGCAUCACAACCUGCUAAUUUUAACCAGCUCGUGAAGGUUAUGCAAGUUGCGUUUGAUACUAACCCAUCCUUAAGAAAUUACAUGCUUCGUUUAUUAUCUUCAGUCAAGACCCCAUCAUCUGGCAUUGGUUCUUCCUUGGGUCCUCUGGGUCCUCAGAUUUCUCGUGACACUGCUUUAAGUUUAAAUGCUGGAACUCAAAAUUUAGGCCAGGCAACAGCAACCCACCAGUCCAAACAGCAGAGUACUGCUGAACUACUAUCUCAAUAUUAUCAGCAAAGCUCCCCGAAUCCCGCAUAUCAAUUUCAACAAAAUAAUUUCCCACUGCGUUUUCCUGGUGCUUUCCACAGUGAUGGCCUUUCGCCCGCUUCGUCGCCCCCAAUCCUUCCUGCUGAUCAGCCAUAUGUCCCAGCCGAACACAGCCCGCUGAGUAUUGUCAAUGCGCCCGCUGAUGUCAGCCAAAAUGACAUCCUGGGCAACCCUUCUGUUAGUCCCUCGGCACAGAUCACGCCGCAAGCUGCAACAGUUGCUUACAGCAACGUUCAAGGCUGCGUUAAAGACACCUGGUGUGCUUUGGCUUUGGCUGCAGCGGUUGCCAUUGGGGCGACAUCUGCCCUCGCUGUUCCAUUUUUGGCACCUGCAUUUUUGGGCCGUCGAAGGAGGGAGCUGCAGUAUUUGGUCUUCUCACAGGAGGAGGCGCCAGUGUUCACCGACCACUUCAUGAGGUUUAUGAAAGGUAACAUGACCGACAUUCCAGAGGAAGAGAUCAUGUUAUUCAAGUCGCUGAAGGAUCCAGCAGACAAUCGGGUGAAAAGGAUGUUCGAAAAUAUCAAGCAUUUCAUUAUUUCUAAUGAAGAUAAGCUUUUCAAUAUUACUGUACAAGAAAUAAAGAAUGAGAGACAUAUUCCCAUUCCAGAUGAUAUACUUCAGAGAAUAAGAAAUAAAAAUCGCGAGAAUUUACAUGACUCCAUUGCAGUAAUGUUGGACCCUGAAACCCGAAACAAUAAUGAAGACCACUCAGGUAAUGAAGCAAAUAUAACAUCUGAUCUACCAAACUCAUCGACGGUAUACAGGCCUCAGGAAGUCUAUACACUGGUAACAGAAGCUCCAUACGUUCCAGGUUUGGAUUAUAGCCAACUGGCAAAUCAACCAGUAGUUAGUAAUGCUGGGCAAGGCUCGGUGCAAGUCCAGAAGCCGGUGUAUGCAAAUACUGCUCAAGGGUAUCAUACUUUCAUUUAUCCUCACUUAGCAUUCCAACAACAAAGACUACAACAACACUACUUUUCCCCAUACUAUACCAACCCCCUAUCCCAUCAGGCUUAUAACACACACGGCGUAUUCAGCAACUCACACAACUCGUAUGGACACUCGUCUCCUCACUAUGGCCACAACGUCCCCUUGCACUUCAGCUCCUUAGGGAACAGAGACAGCUUCCCGGUGAAUUAUCAUCCCCAUUCACAAUUCGGUCACCAUCGCUACCCUGGGCGAGAACCACAAAGCGAUGUCCUCGUGGUCCCCUCUCCCGCCGCGCAGCAGCAGAGGCCCUUGAUGAGUCCUGAGGCAGUCAGGUUCUACCGAGAGGUGUGUUUCGCCGUGGAACAAGAUGAUGUGCCAGAUAAUGAGAUCACCAGAUUUAUCUCUCAAAAAUGUGCUCUGUUCUAUUAUUCUGGAAUCAUUUGAGCACAGCGGCGGCGUCGGAUGUGCCUCAGAAUGAGAUUCAGAUUUGUCUAAAAAAUGUGCUGUUCUACCUUCCUGGGAUCUGAACAUCAUCAGAUGUACCUCCUCGCUCAAUUUAAUGAAAUCAUCUUAGGACGCUGACGAUGUUUUUAAUACUAGGCAAUAUAACAGUACGGUAAUUGCCUAUGUCCAUUGAAAAGCCACUGCUCUGUACAAAGCUGUAAAUAGUUUUAUUUGUUCAAGAGGGUAACAAUCCACAAUUUAGUCGAACGUGACAUUAAAGUUUCCGAAAACAAGUUCGCUAUUUACUUUAUUGGUUGACAAACUAUCACACAAUAAAUCAGAAACUUCGGUUGUGGAUUGUUAUUCAAAAAUAGUUAGGGUUACUAUUAUUUGUUUACCUUCAA